AGGAGCAUGGAUUCUACUCUGUGACAUCACAAUAUUCAGCCCAGGCUCCAACUUGGCCACUGAGAAGAAAGUAACAGGAGGUUCAGCUAUUGAUAUAUUAGAGGCAGGACACUACCGGACAGAGCUAGAAGGAAUCAGCUAGCCAUGCCUCCAGUUCAGAGGGAUAACCAAUUGGCUGAUGAAGUAACAAAUGAAAAGUAAUCUAACUCCACUGACCCGCUUAACCCUGGAUGAGAACAAUGGAAAGGAGUAGCCUUUUGCUUUGAAACAGUGGAACAGCCUGAGAAAAUGGCAUGUAACAUACCUAACCAAAGACAGCGGACUAUGUCUACAUCUGGAGAAGCUCUAUAUGAAGUUCUUGGUCUGCAAAAGGGAGCAUCAAAUGAAGAAAUAAAGAAAACUUACAGAAAACUGGCCUUGAAACAUCAUCCAGACAAGAAUCCAGAUGAUCCAGCUGCUGCUGAAAAGUUUAAAGAAAUCAACAACGCCCACACAAUACUUACCGACAUGUCAAAGAGAAACAUAUAUGACAAGUAUGGAUCACUGGGACUGUAUGUGGCUGAGCAAUUUGGAGAUGAAAAUGUUAAUACCUACUUCAUGCUGUCAAGCUGGUGGGCAAAGACCCUGUUUGUCAUCAUUGGACUCUUUACUGGCUGUUAUUUUUGCUGCUGCCUGUGCUGCUGUUGCAACUGCUGCUGUGGACGCUGCCGGCCCAAAUCAUCAGUGGCAGAAGAGGACUUUUAUGUGUCCCCAGAGGAUCUUGAGGAGCAGAUCAAGACCGACAUGGAAAAAGAUGUGGACUUUCCAGUUGUUCUCCAGCCUACAAAUGCAAAUGAGAAAACACAGCUAAUCAGAGAAGAACCUCGAAGUUAUUGCACAGACUCUUAAUAUUGAGACCACUGAGGGUCCACAAUACCUCUUCUUGGUUCAACCAUGUCUCCAGGUGGUCAUGGGAGGGCAGGGUAGGGGGCAUGAAAUGCUGUGAACUUUUCCACAUUUGUAUUUUAUUUUUUAGGUUAGGGAAAGAUGAUUGCUACAUAAUUUUCUCAGUAAGCAGUCUCACUCUUUGAGUAGAAUUCCUAAUGAAACACAUUCCAUUUUGAUGAAUAAAAGCCUGAAGAGUUAUUUUAUGCUCCUUGCAUGAGGUAAGACAGUAGUACUGGACAGGCUUCAUGAGCCUGCCCUUUAUGUGACCCAGACCUAAUUCCUUACUGUAGUAUUCCAAACAGAAGCCACUUUUCAUCUAUUUAACUGAAUUGCAAUAUUCCUAUCUGCCACAAAUAUCAUCAGCAAAACAUAUAUGAGAAUUUAAGAGGAAUCUUAAAUGUGUGUAUGUGUGGAGAAUUUUCCCUGUCAAUAUUCAAUAUGGCUAGAAAAAUAUGUCAAGAGGCAGGAAGAAAUUAUUAGGUAAAAAAGACAAAUCACUUAAUUUUGAAGUAUAUCUUUGAAAGAUUAAAAACUGUCAUUUACUAGAAAUUGUUGAGUAAAACCAAGAAGAAAGGUUUUGUGUGUACUUUUAGAUUGGCACAAAAACAAAAACAAAAUAUCAACCUGGUUACGUUUAUGGUUUUUCUGGAUCCAGAAAAAUUCCCAAACCAGCCCUAAAAAUGUGUUGACCAUUUUUUUAAUUAAAAAUAAUUUUUAUACAACUGACCUAAAUUAGACAAAGUGAGGAAAAGAAACAUAUAGGGUAAAAGGUAGAAUUCUGAAUUCUACAGCCUAACUUUAGACUUAAAGGCAUAUCAUUUACCCCUUUUUGGGUGGGAUUAAUUACACUGAUCAGAAAGUGCUCAGCUCUGUGCAUGUUGAACAAUUAAGCUCAAAGGUCAUGUCUGCAUUUACUGUUUGAUCUUUAUAUUCAUUAUGUGAUCAAAACCAUGUGCUAAAACCAUGUUAUAAAAUAGUACAGAAAGUGUUUGUUUUUUCUUGGUUCUUUAUAUAAUAUUGCAGCUUUCAAGAUCUUAUUAUGUUUUUAUAUAAUACUGCAUGAAAUGCCAUUUUCUUUUUCUGUUUCUUAUUCUCCCCUACCACCAAAUUACAGUCAAAUGAGCCUAAAUAUACAUUGUAAGUGAAAAUUGGUAUUAUAACUCUGACAGUUAUGAAGUCAUUAAAACUCUACUUUAACUCUUGA